CUUCCUCCUACACGAAUUUUUGACUCUAAACUAACUUUUAAACCUCAUAUAAAUUACAUUAGGAGAAAAUGCUCUCAAUCAUUAAACAUUCUUAAAGUCCUCGCUAACUGUUCAUGGGGAGCUGAUAUGGAUUCAAUGUUAAAAAUAUAUAGGGCAGUUAUACGUUCCAAACUAGAUUAUGGUAUUCCUAUAUACUCUUCGGCUCGUCAAUCCGUUUUAAAAUACCUCGACACUAUCCAUCAUCAAGGAUUGAGAAUAUCAUCAGGUGCAUUUAGGACUUCACCAGUUGAAAGUCUGUAUGUGUUAUGCUCGGAACCCUCUCUUCAUUUCCGUCGCUCUAAACUAUCAUUGGAUUAUUAUUUUAAAAUUAAAUCGAAGUCACUUCAUCCACUAUACUCAUGUGUCGUUCAUCCACAAUACACCACUCACUUCUCCUCGCGUCCAUCUUAUAUACCUUCGUUUGGGAUUAGAAUCACCAAUAUUUUAAAUGAUUUUAACAUUUUAGAUAUUGAGGUUUUUACUAACACAGGCAUCAUCCCACCUUGGAUUGAUGUUUCAAAAUGUGUGUUAGACGUUUUUAAUAAUUUUAAAAAAUCUGACACUAGCUCGAGUGUUUUCACUCAAAAAUUUUAUGAACAUCGCCAUAAAUAUAUCGAUUUUAAACCAAUUUUUACUGACGGAUCAAAACACGAUAAUCAUGUUGGUUGUGGUGUUGUUACCGAAAAUUCUACUGUAUCUGAGCAACUGCUUCCUGAUUCUUCAGUCUUUACUGCAGAAUGUUAUGCUAUUUUACUAGCCCUUAACUAUAUUUUCGACCAAACUUAUCUAAAGUGGAUAAUAUAUACUGACUCACGUAGUUUUAUAGCAAGUAUUUCAGACAUCGGUCUAAACCCAGUCAUACUCAAAAUCCAAAAGUACAUCACUCGACUAUAUGACAGAGGUUUCAAUAUUUAUUUUUGUUGGAUACCAUCCCAUGUCGGUAUACACGGGAAUGAAUGUGCUGAUGUAGUUGCAAAAAGUACUCAUAACAUAAGCAGGAAUGUUUUAGCACCAUUGGACAUCAAGCGAAUUUGUAAAUUAUCAGUUUAUCAAGCCUGGAAAGAACACUGGAAUACACAAAAUGAUAAUAAAUUACAUGAAAUUUUCCCUUCUAUUGAUAACAAUAAAAUAAUAUCCAUUGACCGUAAAACUCAUGUUUUAAUAAACAGGCUACGCAAUGGCCACUCACGAUAUACCCAUAUGCAUUUAUUGAAAAACGAACCUGCACCUGUUUGUUCAUUCUGUCAAGUUGUUAUCACCAUUAAGCAUAUUUUUACUGACUGCAGACGAUUCAAAUACUUGAGAAACAAGUUUUUUGGCAGUUUUAACCCUGAUCUUCAAUCUUUACUUGGUGACCCUAUACAUCACAAUCUUUUAAAAUUUAUCAAAGUCAUAGGACUUUAUUCUCUGCUUUAAAAAAUAACACCUUAGUUUAACCUUGUGACCAAAUUUUAACCUAGUGCCUGGCGCAGUAUAGCCAUCUCUGGCUCUUGCGCCAAUAAAAUCCAACCAACCAA